AAAGUAAAUAUUGCAAUGGGAUAUAAAUAUUUACUCUCGUUCACUCGGGUUCAUAUCCUAGCUUCCUACAUAAGUGGUGGCCGGGACUUUGCGGCAAGCGCUUGGAAGCUGCAUUUGCCUGGCUGUCUGCCACAGUCUGAGGCGGCGCGGGUUCAAAGGAGGACAUUUUGUGUGUUGGAAAAUUCGGUGAUUUGGACCCGGUUUGUUCGCUGGUGUGUGCUGCUAAUCGGAUCCAACGCUGGGAAGCAGACUUUAAUAUUUGGCGAUUUCUGCUUUGUCUGCUCGUCGUCGUCGGACUCAUCAUGUCUGAUCCCAGACGGGGGUCUUCUGAUGCGGGAUUGCAAUCAAAUGGCUAACAACAACACCUGCUUCGCCCGAAUUGUGGAUCGCCACGUGGAACGCGGCUGCUCGGCCUCGUUGAGUCGUGAAGAUUUCGCUCAGUGCAACAUGCAAAACAACUGCUUGCUGUGCUACGACCCCCAAAACCAAGGACGAUGCAACGGAGCAAUCUUCCCGGAACACCGGCUACACUGCCAUCAGUGCCACGGAACCACCAAUUCGACCUGCGCGGAUGAAAUUAACUCGACGCCCCAACUGUGCUCGUUGUACGAAACGGAUGACCGUUGUUUCGUGAGUGUGGCUGGUGGCCAGGUUGUCCGGGGUUGUCUGUCUGAUACCAACACUUGCCAGGAUGCCGAAACGUGUCACACCUGCGACGGAAAUGGAUGCAACUACAAGCAAUACGAGGACGGCGCCAUGAGUGUAGUCGUUUCGCUUAAAACCUUGCUGAUGGCUCUGCUGGCUGCCAUGGCCUACGGAAGUUUCAGACAGUAAAUAAUGGGAACCGACAUUACAUUAGGUAUAGCUGUUAAGCGAAAUAAAACCCUAGAAAUUCAAAUCUGGUUCAGUCGAAAUCAUAAGCAGUGAUCGCUGAAGUUAACCCUGGCCAACAGAAAGAAAGAGCGUCUAGGAUUGCAGUUAAUUCUACAAAUGAUAAGUGUAGGCGAAAAUAUACGUUUAAGAUCGUU